UGAUGAUCCUUGUCAAACGUCACUGGCUAAUCCGUGUGAGUCAUGGACGGUGAUUGGCGGAGCGGUGAGGACAAGUGAGCUUUAACAUGAUUGGUGAAACUGCUGUAUCUUGCACGCGGAGCUGCUGAUAUCUUGUCUCUUUCUUUAUCACUUAUUUCCUACCAAGGCAGACAAUGGCUGAUGAUGUGGAGCCAACAAUUGGUGCAAUGGCUGUGGAAGAGCCUCUGGAUCUCAUUCGUUUGUCUCUAGAUGAAAGAAUUUAUGUGAAAAUGCGAAAUGAACGAGAACUUAGGGGCCGACUCCAUGCCUAUGAUCAACAUUUGAAUAUGAUAUUAGGGGAUGUAGAAGAGACAGUGACUUCUGUAGAGGUGGAUGACGAGACUUUUGAAGAGGUUUACAAAACAACUCGGCGAAACAUUCCAAUGCUUUUUGUAAGAGGAGACGGAGUUAUUCUUGUUGCACCUCCUAUGAGAGGCGGAGGGAUGUAAUGUAUAGUCUUGGACUAGGAAAUAUUAAGGUUUUAUUAAAUAAGUAUUCGAUCCUAUUUUACUUAAUACUUCAAGUUUUUGAAUUUAGGUAGGGCUUUUUCUAAUGUGCUUUGAGCAUCAUAAUUGUUCAUUAAUAAUAAUAAUCAUAUAUUCAUUUAGUUAAACUUCUCAGAAGUUCAGAUUCAUUAUACAAUAAAAAUUUUACCUUAAUUGUGUAGUACUGUCACUAAGGUUAUUUAUGUAAUAAACUUAAAAGUUUGCCAAAGUAUCUUUGAUAUUUGUGUUUUGUUGGACUACAUAUAUGAGCAGCUCUACCAGAUUGUUUGUUGUACUAUAAUCAUUGUGCAUUAUAGAAAAAGACUACUUUGAUGGGAAAAAUAUCUAUUUAAAAAUGUCUCUGCACUUCAUUGGGCAAAUUUCACACUCCAUCUAGUUGUAACUGGAACUAGUUUUUUUUUCAAAAGCUCUGUUCUAAAUUCUGUACAUAUUUACAUAAUAUUAAUGCAAACUAUCUGCAAACGAAUUUUUCCAGAAAAAUAGCCUAUGAAAUGCAGGAAAAGCAUGCUGACUUGCAUACUGGCAUGUCGGAUAUGUCAGUAGAUUACUCAAAAUUCUGGUGGGUAUAAGGUAAUAAAUGUACCACUAUAUUUGUAAUUGUCAAGACAGUGGUGGAAACUGCAUUAAUUGUCUUGAGAUGAAUAUUAAAAUGUUCUUGAA